AUGUUGGCCAAGCUGUCUCUUCUCCCUCUGCUGUCUGCCGCAGUCUCGGCAUCUCCCCUCUUGGAUGCAAGUGCCCCGGUGGCUGUCCUUGACGGGAGAGCUGUGACGGUGACGAACGCCGACCUGUCCAACUUCGAGUACUAUGUCCAGAUGGUUGCAGCAACCUCUUGCAACAGUGACGCCGCCGCAGGUGCCUCCAUUACCUGCGGUGCGGAUGCCUGCCCUGAUGUUGAGACCAACGGUGGAAAGAUUGUUGGCACCUUCUCCGGCUCCAUUUCUGGCCUCGAGGGCUUCGUUGCCACGGAUCCCGUGAGGAAGAACGUUGUCAUUGCCAUUCGUGGCUCCAGCAACGUUCGCAACUGGAUCACCAACCUCCUCUUCGGCCUCGAGGACUGUGACCUCGUCGACGACUGCAAGAUUCACUCUGGCUUCUCUAACGCCUGGGAUGAGGUUAAGGACAAUCUCUUGGCCUCGGUCAAGUCCGCCAAGGCCGCCAACCCCAGCUACUCCAUCAUCGCGACUGGCCACUCUCUCGGCGGUGCUAUCGCUACCAUUGCCGCCGCCAACCUCCGCCUCGAUGGCUACCCUGUUGACCUCUACACCUACGGCUGCCCCCGCGUCGGCAACGACGCCUUUGUCAACUUUGUCACCGUCCAGCCCGGCGCCGAGUACCGCAUUACCCAUGUUGACGACCCCGUCCCCCGUCUGCCCCCGAUCUUUCUCGGCUACCGCCACACUAGCCCCGAGUACUGGCUGUCCACCGGCAGCGCCACCACAGUUAACUACACCAUCGCCGACAUCAAGAUUUGCGAGGGCGACGCCAACACCAAGUGCAACGGCGGCACCUUUGGACUCAACGUUGACGCUCACAAGUACUACUUCCGCAAGACCGGCGCCUGCAACACCGAAGGCUUCGAGUUUCGCGAGAGAGAGGAGGAGAUUUCGGAUGAGGACCUCUCCGCGCGCCUCACGGCCUGGGUCCAGCAGGACAUUGAGUUUGCCGAGACUCUGGGGAAGGCUUAG